CACACCUGGGACACGCAACCCCUGCCCUCCACCUGCCAGGAACACGCAGAGGCGCACCUGCCAGCCAGGCCGCCGAGACAGCUGGCAACCAGCCCGAGGAGGGACACCUGCCCGUGGAGCCCAGCCUGGGCCUGGCCCGGAGGAGAGCACUGCUGCCUGAGCAGGAGGACGAGGAGCCGCGGAGCCUGGCCCUGGCCGGCCAGGAGCACCAUGCCCCGGCCCCGCUGACCCCCGGCCGCCAGCUCAGAGCCAUGUCAUCAUGCCAGCAGGUGUGGCAUACAGCCACGCCGCCCCCCGGCCUGAGCAGCCCCACAGCCCCCGUGCCCAGGUCCCCCGGCUCGGUCAGCGGCCCCAGGUCCCCCGGCUCGGUCAGCGGCCCCAGGUCCCCCGGCUCGGUCAGCGGCCCCAGGUCCCCCGGCUCGGUCAGCGGCCCCAGGUCCCCCGGCUCGGUCAGCGGCCCCAGGUCCCCCGGCUCGGUCAGCGGCCCCAGGUCCCCCGGCUCGGUCAGCGGCCCCAGGUCUCCCGGCUCGGUCAGCGGCCCCAGGUCCCCCGCAACCCCUGGCUCGGAGAAGGUGGCCUCCCCGCUGGAGUGCUCCAUCUGCUUCUCAGGCUACGACAACAUCUUCAAGACGCCCAAGGAGCUGUCCUGCACCCAUGUCUUCUGCUUGGAGUGCCUGGCACGGCUGGCGGCCGCCCAGCCAACUGGCCGGCCCGGCAGUGAGGCUGUGCCCUGCCCGUUCUGCCGGCAGCCCACCGCCGUGCCCGCCGACGGGGCCCCCGCACUGCGCACCAGCCGCCAGCUGCAGGCCAAGAUGCCGGCGCACCUGCGGCGGGAGGAGCCCGUGUGGCUAGAGGGCACCAAGCUGUGCUGCUGUCUCCCCCCCUCUGCGCCUGGCCUGGCGACACCCGGCUUUGUGUGCGUGGACGUGGGCCUGAGCAAGCCCCCCGAGCCCGCUGUGCCCACCCCCAGCCCCAGCCCCACCGGCCACCACCGGGGCCGCCUGGCCCGCUGCUGGGCCCGCUGCGGGGACUGGAAGCGCAUGGCGCUCGUCACGGCCCUGCUGCUGGCGCUCUUCUGCGUGGUGCUCUGGCCUGUGCAGUGCGCGCUCAGGACCGGCAGCCUGCACUGCCUGACCCGGCCGCCUGCCAUCGCCGUGCCAACUACCGUCACCUACCCAGCCACCUUCCCACUCGGGCCCCUGGCGGACGACUAGGUGGUCCAUGCUCCAUGCUGGGUCCCCAGCCCACAGCAGGAGUGAGGGGUGCGGCGGUGUUGGGAAUCAGUCCCAGGACCCCAAGGGCCCUAACAUCUCUGGGGACCCCAUUUGGCUCACCUGACCCCACUCUGCGGGGCUGGGUCCUGAUGGCUCCCCACAGCCUCCAAGAAUAAUAGGGUCCUAUGAGCCCCAGAGACCACCCCUAACUCCCAGUCGUGGAGACCGAGGCCCCGGCAGACCGCCUGGCCAGGCCCCCUGUUCGCACUGAGCAUCGCCCACAGGGGCAGCCCCUGUGAGAAGGGAGGCGUGCCACCCUUACGGUCACACUUCACACCGGCUCCUUCCCCAGGCAGGGCCGGCCCCUCCGUGGGGUGGGGGUGCUGACCCUGCUCCCUGAACAGGGCCCAUCCAGCCCUCCUGAACUGUACGUUUUUAAAUAAAUUAUUUUG